CCAUAUGUUACACCUGAGGCGACCGACAAACCAAAGCCACGUUUGGGGUUUCUGGAACACAUGGUUUCAACCAUGGUGGAAAAUCCAGGACUAUUGAGCAUAGAGGAACUACAGGACCAGACCAUGUUCGUUAUCGCAGCUGGAACAGACACCACAGCCUACACCGUAGCGACCACACUGAUGCUGCUGGGAUUACAUCAAGAUGUGCAGAGGAAAGUCCUACAAGAGCAGGCAAGCAUAUUCGGCGAAGAUACAAGCCAGCCUGUCACGACAAGAGAUCUGCAACAAAUGGCGUAUUUGGAAAAAGUGAUAAAUGAGACAUUGCGACUUUAUCCCAUUCUUCCACUUGUGGCAAGGCGGGUUGACGAAGAUGUCAGUGUUAACAGCUACACUUUGCCAGCAGGCACAAUUGUCGUAAUCCCAAUUUAUCUAGUGCAUAGGAAUCCAGAAUAUUUUCCGAAUCCGGACACAUUUGAUCCUGACAGGUUCAGCGGAGAGAAUAGUGCCAGUCGUCCUGCUUGUUCGUUUAUCCCGUUUUCCUACGGGCGUAAGAUGUGCCUUGGCAAGAGCUAUGCUUAUAUGGCAAUGAAGACCAUGCUGUCUGUACUGCUGCGAAGAUACGUGGUUUUAGAACAUGGCUCCAGAGAUGAAAUGGAGUGUUUUAAAUUUGAAUUUUUUUUGAAAUUCAAAAAUGGGUUUAAUAUUAAGAUAGGACAGAGGAAGAUUUUAAUGAAGCAAAUGGCAUAG